AUGAAAAAGAAGGUUUUUUUAAAGGAAGCUUGCAAAAUAUGCGGCAAACUCCUCAAUGCCAACAAUCUCAAGAGACACGAGAUGAUACAUACAGGCGAAAAACCAUUCAGUUGUGAUCUUUGCGACUACAAAGCUAACCAAAGAGCUUCCAUUGAGAAACAUUUGAGACAUGUUCAUAAAAAGAUGCCUAUCGAACAGAAAACUCCGAAACUCCAAGCAAGGGAGAUAAUAAAUCAAGUCGUGCAUUAUCGAAUCGAUGAGGAAGGCGAAGAUGGAAGCUUGAAAGAAAACUGGGUGCCAAUAUUCGAAGUAGAAGAUUACGGCGAUGUCGUCGAAUUUGAGAAAUUCAUAAGCAAAGAUCGUUGA